AUGCUUGAAAAGACCAUCGAGGAACUUAACGAUAGGCUGAAACUUGCCGAAGUAAAACUCCAGAGCCCCUCGGUGUCUCAAGUAGGAAGUCAUUCUACGGACGAAAAACCACCACAUUCGCCUACCGCACAACAGCCACGGAGACUUUCAUCCAAUAGCAGUAGAGAUGCUAUUUUCCCUGGGUCAAACUCUACUCAAUUCAUGGAUUCGGUUCAAGGAUACAUGAAUGGUUUAGGCUACGAUACAUCACUUCUCGAUACUCGAGGCCCCAACGAGGGGAAGUUGCAAUCUACAAAUACGACAUUGCAUGGCGAAACUCUGCAAAUAAGAGAUCUCCGUGCUCUAUUGCCUACUAAAGAGAAUGGUGAAAAACUUGUUACGAUCUUCUAUCAACAUCUUAGGAGGUUAGGGCAAAUGAAUAAUAUAAAGUAUAAGUUUUCAGUCGAAAGCAGCUCUGACAUUGGCACAAACGUAUCCUAUAGGUAUAUGCCCGCCAUGUGCUGGCCCGUCAUCUACAAAAAAUUUCAGCGGGCCUAUGAGGCACCCAUACUUGCCGAGGACCGACCAUCAGUCACCGGGGUAUUUUGUGUUCUCAUGACGAUCAAUGCAUGCGCCAGUAUCUGUUCAGAUAACUCGGAUGUAUUUGAAGUUCCCAAUUACAGUUCGAAGUAA